CACAAAGACCAGACGUCAGAUGGUCAUGUAGGGGUUCGUCAGCACUACGUCCAUGUAGAGAAGCCCUUAUAGACAAGCCCAAGAAUGGCCAACAUGGGAAACUGGACGUACAGCAAGGCCUUCGUUCUCCUGUACUUUGCUGUGAUGUGGUCAAGCCCGAAUGUGUACGGAUUAACUAAGCAGGAAGCGGCCCAGUUGCAAAGUCUGAUGUUAGAGGUGAAGGCUAAGAUUGACGGGGCGAUGGAGCAGGUAGCCCACACCCGGGACCACUCAUUGUCACAGAGAUUCGUCUUCGGCCCGCCGCAUGCAACAGCCUACGCCUGUGGUGAGAGUGGCACCUUGCAGCUGUCGUGCGCGGAGGGAAAGACGCUCCUGAUCUUGGACGCCAACUACGGCCGCACGUCGACCGACCACGCCUGCCCAUGCUCCACCUGUCGUGCCGACUGCCGGGCAGCCAGCAGUCUGUCAGUGGUACGGGGAGCCUGCCAGGGCAAACGGCAGUGCGCCGUGCGGGCCACUGCCUCCGUCUUCGGCGACCCCUGCUGGGGUGUGCAGAAGUACUUGGAAGCGUCAUACCGCUGUAUCAUAGAAAGUAACGUCGCCCAGGGUAAGACAGCAACAGCAAGCUCUCAUCCAUCACAUUGGGGACCCGGAAAGGCCGUGGACGGCUCCAGAGGGACAAGCGUUUCCUGGUACAACCAGUGCCUCCACACGAAUCGGGUGUAUGAGCCGUGGUGGAAGGUGGACCUGGGUGGUGCGGACUCCUACACCGUUAAUCGGGUCAGCGUUCUGAACAGGGGCGACUGCUGUGGAGAGCGACUGCGAAACUUCCAGGUGCGAGUUGGCCCGGACGAGAACUUGGCCCAGAAUGACCAGUGUGGGGAGACUUACACGGCACGUCCAGCCAAUGGAGCAACCAUCGUGGUGUACUGCGACCAGCCGAUGUCCGGCCGUUAUGUGUCCAUUCAGGUGAUGGGCCGGUCCGAAAAUCUGCAGAUUUGUGAGGUCGAGGUCUUCGCCGAAACAGUGAGCAAGUACAUCAGCCUGGGUUGCUGGAGGGACUCAUAUACCCGCGCCCUUCCGAUUCUGGAGGGAUCAGAUGAACGUCUGGAUGGCAGCAGCUACUAUUCCCGUCAAAACCCCAUAGAGAAGUGUUACCAGGUAGCCAGUUCUCGUGGUUUCACCGUGUUUGCUGUUCAGAAUGGAGGACAGUGUUUCGGGUCUGCUGACGGGCUCAACACAUUUAACAGACAUGGCCCUUCCACAGCCUGUGCGGCGGACGGCGAAGGCGGGCCUUGGGGAAACGAGGUCUACAAGAUUACAGGAGGCGAAAGCCGUGAGUACAUCAGCCUGGGAUGCUGGAGGGACACACGUUCCCGCGCCAUUCCUACACUCGAGGGAUCAGAUGCACGCCUAGAUGGCAGCGCCAGUUCCCGUCAAAACCCCAUAGAGAAGUGUUACCAGGUAGCACGUUCUCGUGGUUUCCCCAUGUUUGCUUUGCAGUAUCGUGGCGAGUGUUAUGGGUCUGCUAACGGGCUCAACACCUUCAACAGGUACGGGUCUUCCACGGCCUGUACGGCAGACGGCGAGGGCGGGGCUUGGGCAAACGAGGUCUACAAGAUUACAGGGUAACGGAAUAGAGACCCGCAGCACUGACGGCUACCCAUCUCCACAAUGUAGCAUGGAAUUCGAAGCAGUGGCAAAGGGACAGAGCUGUCAACAACACAAUGGAGAGAACAGACAUCUGAUCUUUGUGUGUAUGUGUGUGCGUGCGCGUGAUAUUUUGACGAGAGCUUCAAAGAUUUGAUGAGAAAAAAAGUUUUACACGAUGGUUUGUCACGUUUUGCAUAUAAUUCAC